GCUCUGCUGUUAGCUUCGGGUGGUGGCACCACCCUUUGGACACGCGCCCGGGAUGAGUACUUGCGGCUCCAGGGCGAUUCAUUCCUCACCACAGUGGGCAACAUCAUGACCAACGACUUCAGCAAGCUGGUGGCCAGCUCCAACUUGGCGCAUUGGAUGGAAACCUUGGCCAUCAUUGCCACCUACUCUAAUCGAGAAUAUCAGGCUUUGUGCGAGCAGUUAGCAGAACGUCUGGAGAAGGAAAAGUUCGACAUCCGUUCUGCCGUGAUCUGCUACAUUUGCGCCAAGAACUUCCCAAAGACUGUGAACAUUUGGUCCAACACCCAUGUGGCCUCACAGGGAUCUCAAAAGUUGGCCUUGCAAGAUUUGGUUGAGAAGAUGGCGGUGCUACAGGAUGCAACUAAGUUCAAUCAGGCGGACCCCCUCUUUUCGCAGAAGCUGACGAAGUACGCAGAGAUCUUGGCGAAUUCUGGUCGUCUCACUGCCGCCAUGCGGUAUCUUUGCUUACUCGCAGGCAUUGGAAUUACACCGCAGACCCCAAACAGUUGA